AUGUCGACCUUUAAAGACUCGCUUCCUAGGAUCACCGACUUCCCUCGCUACUGGCAAGUACGCUUGGAGAUCGCAUUUGAGGGGGGACGUCCGCAUGCGGUGUCUCUUCCCUCGUCAUUACCUCCAACUCUCAGAGAGUCCCAAAGCCUUUCCUCGAUCCAGAGCAGCCAUUCUAUCUCUGUGCCUCCAAGGCGAGGGGGAGAUCACGAGAAGAACGCAUUCGUGGGCCGUCAACACACGCCUCGAUUUGAAUCCCCAGUUCCUGUUCAUGCCGCGCAAGCUUCCAACACCAGGGGGAAGACGCCCGUCUCGAUCAUGAAGCAGGGCAAGGAGAGAUAUCAGAGCCCUGCUUCCAACAAGAAGGUCAUCAUCCAGGACCUGAUCAUGACAAACGCGGAGAGUGUCGACAAUCCACCCGGCCAAAGUGAAGUUAGUCAAGAACCACGAGCGGCUACCAAAGGCAAGACGGCGUUUCAGAGGAAAAGUGGGGAUAUGGAGUCCAGAGAGAGGGGCAGGAAGAAGCCCUAUUCAAUUGAGCAAGUGCGUCCACCAUCUCGCAGCCCAUAUUCACAGGGGAGGCGAAAGCAACUGUACGGCAAAGGUCCAAAUGCGUCUUAUCUUUACUUCGAAUCCCGAAGCAGCGUCCUUCUAGACUACCCUCCGCCAAUCCCCUCCGACUUUCAACUUGACGAGAACUCGCUGUACGUGCACUUCGUGGUCUCCGAAGACAUUGAAGACCAAACGACAGUCUCUUGGUAUUGGGAUGGUGAGGACUGGAUUUCCAUCUCGCCAGGUGACACGCACCAGUUCAAUGAAGAAGGAACGUACGUCUUCACGAUCAAUAGCAAGCACGAGGGUUGCUGGCUUGCAUUGAAUACCUACCAACGACGGUAUAAGAACACUCAGCGACCAUACUAA